AGAAGUUUCUGUGCUUCAGAAGCCAAAAGCUAUGGAGGGGAUGACUGCUUCUUCUCACUCCACUUCGACUCAACACAGAGCUACCAUGGAUGGAUAUCGGAAGGUUGAGAAACAGAAACUCAAAUCGCCCUUAAGCGAGAACGAGAUACGAGUCACUUCUCACGGCUUGGUCCGUAACUAUUUUUACUACGCCACCACUCUUCUUCAGGAGAGACGCACGAAAGGUAUUGUCUUGAAAGCAAUGGGUCGGGCAAUUACCAAGACAGUAACUAUUGCAGAACUUAUCAAGAAAAGAUUUCCUGGAUUGCACCAAGACACUGCCAUCAGUUCUGUAAGCAUAACAGAUGUUUGGGAACCCAUUGAUGAAGUGGGGCUUGAGACAGUGGAGAAGACUUACCAUGUCUCCAUGAUAUCAAUCACCUUAUCAGAAAAAGAGCUAAAUAAGAACUCCCCUGGGUAUCAAGCUCCAUCUCAUGUUGAGCAAGGACAACAGUAUAAUAAUAACUACCUGUCACAACAACCAUAUAGACAGUCACAUGAAGUUUACAGCAGUGAUAAUGAAGAUUCUUGUGGUCAAGGAAAUGGCUGUGGUAGAGGAAAAGGAUGUGGUUUGAAUAUAGGUGGAUAUGGAAACUAUCAAGGAAACCACCCAGGAAACUGUCAAGAUGAAGAAGAGGGUUCUGGAGAGACCAAAGUUGAUACUGGCUACUCCAGAGGGGGAAGAAGUGAGGAUGAUGAUUCUGAUGAUUGUGUGAUUUUGGAGGAAGACCCUGAUAAGCCAGUGAAAGUGGUGAAUGAAAAAGUGGACAAUGAUUCUGAUGAUCUGCUUGUGGUUAGUGAAAAGGGGCAGGUUGCUUGUAGAGACUAUCCCCAUCCUCGGCAUCUUUGUGUCAAAUUCCCUUUUGCGACAACACCACAUGAAUCCUACUGCGACAAGUGCCAUUGUUAUGUUUGUGACACAAUCGCCCCGUGUCUCUACUGGGGAAACGACAACUUUAUGACCCACUGUAAUGCCACCGAUAACAUAGCGUUUUGGAGACUCCAAAGAGAAAACAGAAAGACAACUUUCGCACAUUUAUUGCCGUUACUCCGGAGCGGAGUUUACUCUGGACCAUGAUGCAUAUAGCUACAUAUACCAUAAAGCAUGUUAUGGAAUAUAUAUAUAUAUAUAUAUAUAUAUAUAUAACAGUAUAAGACAACAUAUUUAGAAAUCCUCAUUUUACUUUCGUAACAUGGUAUCUAAGCCUUUACUAUAACUUUUUUCGCUCCGUUGUCGUCACCUGUGUGAGGCUCCUCCAACGAUUGGAAAACGUUUUGGUCAACUGCUGCUCCUAGGUCAUCUGAGUUCGUUUGUCUCGGAUCUGGACUUGGUUUGUGUGUUGUCUUUGAUUUUUUUGCUUCACAGUCACUUUGUCUCGUACACAUUCAGGCUUGAAUUUUGUGUACUUGUAAUUUGUUUCUUUUAAUGGAUAUGGUUGAGUCUGAUGCAUGUGCAUCUUUUUUUUUCUGGA